AUGAGGAUGAGACCGCUGAGUGGCUUCAUCCUGAUGAGUCUGGCCAUCCUCACCGCCGCCAGACCCAAAGCAGGUCCGGAGCAGAAGUGCCAGUCCGGUCCGGUGGACCUGGUCUUCCUCAUCGACAGCUCCCGCAGCGUCCGGCCACACGAGUUCGAGACCAUGAGGAAGUUCAUGAUCGACAUCCUCAGCACGCUGGACAUCGGCCUCAACGCCACCCGGGUGGGAGUGGUCCAGUACUCCAGCCAGGUCCGCAGUGAGUUCUCCCUGAAGAGCCACGCCAAGCUGGAGGCCAUGGUGACGGGCAUCAACCAGAUCGUGCCCCUGGCUCAGGGCACCAUGACCGGACUCGCCAUCAGAUACGUGAUGAGCGCGGCGUUCACCGCCGAGGAGGGCGACCGGCCGAAGGUGCCCAACGUGGCCGUGAUCGUGACGGACGGCCGUCCUCAGGACCGCGUGGCGGAGGUGGCGGCCGAGGCCCGAGAGAAGGGCGUCGAGAUCUACGCCGUGGGCGUGGCCAGGGCCGACAUGGCGUCGCUGAGGGCCAUGGCGUCCCCGCCCUUCGAGGACCACGUCUUCCUGGUGGAGUCCUUCGACCUCAUUCACCAGUUCGGGCUGCAGUUCCAGGACAAGCUCUGCGGUGUGGACCUGUGUCUGGAGGCGGAGCCUCGCUGUGAGCACCUGUGUGAGAGCUCCCCGGGCUCCUUCCACUGCCUCUGUCUGCCCGGACACGCCCUGCGGGGCGACGGCAGGACGUGUGCAGCCAUUGACCUGUGUGCUGAGGAGAAACACGACUGUGAGCAGAUCUGCAUCAGCUCACCUGGUUCGUUCACCUGCGACUGCAACAAAGGAUUCAACCUGAAGGACGACAAGAAGACCUGCACAGUGGUCGACUACUGCUCCUUCGGGAACCACAGCUGUGACCACCUGUGUGUCAGCGAGCUCAACGGUUUCCGCUGCCGCUGUCGCCGCGGCUACCGGCUGCUGGACGACGGCAGGAGCUGCCGGGCCAUUGACCUGUGUGUUGAGGGGAAACAUGACUGUCAGCAGAUCUGCAUCAGCUCUCCGGGCGUCUUCAGCUGCGACUGCAACAAAGGAUUCAAACUGAACCGGGACAAGAAGACCUGCACAGCCAUUGACCUGUGUGUUGAGGGAAAACACGACUGUCAGCAGAUCUGCAUCAGCUCUCCCGGCGUCUUCAGCUGCGACUGCAACAAAGGAUUCAAACUGAACCGGGACAAGAAGACCUGCACAGACAUGGACCUGUGCAGCACCGUGCAGCACGGCUGUGAGCACCAGUGUGUCAGCACUCUGGGGUCGUACUACUGCGUCUGCCCCGAGGGAAAGCUGCUGCAGGACGACGGCCAAAGCUGCGGCACCUGUAAGUCGGCCAACAUCGACCUGGUGCUUCUGAUCGACGGCUCCAAGAGCGUUCGGCCACAAAACUUUGAGCUGGUCAAGAAGUUCGUGAACCAGGUGGUGGACUCUCUGGACGUGUCGGCUCAGGGCACCAGAGUCGGUCUGGUUCAGUACUCCAGCCGGGUGCGGACAGAGUUCCCUCUCAACAUGUACCACACUGCUGACGAAAUCAAAGCUGCUGUCAUGAAGGUGGACUACAUGGAGAAAGGCACCAUGACGGGUCUGGCCCUGAAACACAUGCUGGAGACCAGCUUCUCAGAGUCUGAGGGCGCUCGACCCUCCGGCCGCAACAUCCCUCGAAUCGGACUGGUCUUCACGGACGGACGCUCGCAGGAUGACAUCACGGAGUUCGCCAAGAAGGCCAAAGAAGCCGGUAUCACCAUGUACGCGGUGGGUGUUGGGAAAGCGGUGGAGGGCGAGCUUCGUGAGAUUGCGUCAGAGCCGGUGGAGAAGCAUUUCUAUUACACCACCGACUUCACCGCCAUCAGCACCAUCGCUGAGAACCUCAAAUUCAACGUGUGCCCAGAGGAGAGCCAGGGAGAGAUCGAGGUGAAGGAUCCGUGUGACUGUGAGAGUCUGGUGGAGUUCCAGCAGGCCACCAUGAGCAGCCUGGAGAAGCUCACACAUCAACUAUCGGUGAUGACGGCUCGUCUGGAGCAGCUGGAGAACCAGCUUCUCUCCAGGAAGUGA